AUGGUAACACAGCAUGAAGCCUACGUACGCUACUCCUGGACCUUUCGCUUUAUCUCUCUGGCGCUACCGCUAAUCAUACACCUGCGAGGUGGUAGUGCGCUCGAUUAUGUGCACGGUAAGGACAUUUCCGUUGCUCUGGAACCCGAUGUUGCUUCCACUCUAUUCGUCAUCAGCGCAAGCCUCGCAUUAAACCGCAUCCUAGCGAACCUUAUUCCAUUCUACCCGAACAAAGCGCAGCUUCAGCUAACGUCCAAGGUAGAAUACUUGCUGGUUUGUCUAAUCAUGAUUCUGGGGAACAUUGUGUUGUGUGAUUUAGCAUUACGUUUAAUAUGGAUCCCAAUACAGUACUGCUUAUGGUGGAUCCACCGGAAAAGAAUUUUGACGUGUUUACUUCAAGCAUUGUUAUUUUUCGUCAAAGAUGUUGUUUCAUUUCGUCCGUACUAUUUGAAGGCGCUAGCAGUGAGCAAAUCAAAAAGAGGAUACUAUUUCCUCCGACUGGCAACAGUUAUUCAAAUUCUACACUUAGUGUUGGCGCGACUCGAAAGAAAUCCUCCACCGCCUAUCAAAAAAGCUAUUGCAAGGGAUUCAUCAAUACCGUCGGGUGAUGCACCAGAAGGACCGCAACGUACAGACUAA